UCUCUUGCCUUCAUCAUUUCCAUUUUUUCAUUUAUAGUUUUAUUUAAACAUCUCUCUUCUCUCUCACUCUCUCUAGAUCACUACUUCUCCUUUAAGCUCAAUCACAACAAACUCACAAUCAAAUAAAAUAAGAUAUAUAAACACACAAAGAGACCGGCCUCCAACUGAGUCAGAAGCUUUUUCACUCUCUCCCCUACAUCCUUUCUUUCUUCUUGAAACUACAGACAUGGACGAUAAGUGGAAGGUGUCGAAAAAGGAUGCAUCGUCCUCAUCUUCUAGUUCCUCUAAAUCCAAGUUCUCUAGAAGCUUCUCAACGAGUGCUUCAUCCACAAAGGCUCCUGUAUUUAUACGGAGCUCGUCCACCAAAUGCUCAGUGUCAUCUUCUUCAUCUUCCAUCUCCAGUAGCUCAUCGAAAAAAGAGAAGGGAUCAUCGUCAUCUUCCAUUACCCAAAAGUACAGUAGCUUGGCCAAAGAACAAAAAGGAAGGUUUUAUAUCAUGAGAAGGUGUGUGGCUAUGCUUGUCUGUUGGCAUAAACAUGAUUCCUAGCUUAGAUCUCAUGCAUUCUAUAUUCCUUUUGUUUUGGUAUUAGAUCACUUUGAUUCUGUACUCUAGGUUGUUGCUACAAGUUUCUAUACUAAGUACAUUGUAAGAAAGAGAUUCUUUUGAU